CCCAGUUCAGGGUUCACAAAACAAAUAAAUAAAUAAAUCCACUCUCAAUCAACCCUCUAAAUUAACAACCAAAAUAAAGAUCUUGAAAACAAAUUAAUACAUACAAUCAUCAAAACCCUCUUUACAAGACACUUGCCACUGUGUGUUUGUUACUAAAUCAAGAAAUAAUGCAGUACCAUAUGGGCGGCGGCGCGUCGCCCCCGGACACCAGCAAGACCACCAAGCUGGAGCGUUACAACAGCUACAUCCGCCGCGUCAACAGCACGAAGCUCCUCCAGGCCUCCUCCAAGCUCCUCUUCCGCGUCACCCUCCUCGUCGCCCUCGUCCUCAUCUUCUUCUUCACCGUCAACUACCCGCCCCUCUCCGGUGGCGGCGGCGACGGCCACCGCAUCCACUCCACCAGCAACUUCCUCUCGUCCGCCUUCUACGGCGGCGGCAGCGCCGCCGCAUGGGAGAAGCAGGUCCGCCACUCGGCCACGCCGCGCCGAGCCAACGGGUUCUCCGUCCUGGUCACCGGCGCCGGCGGCUUCGUCGGCUCACACUGCUCCCUCGCCCUGAAGAAACGCGGCGACGGAGUUCUCGGGCUGGACAACUUCAACUCGUACUACGACCCGGCGCUGAAGAGAUCCCGGCAGGAUCUUCUCACCAAGCACCAAAUCUUCAUCGUGGAGGGAGUAAACGACGCCGUAUUGCUUAACAAACUAUUCGACAUUGUACCCUUCUCCCACAUCCUCCAGGUGGAAGCGCAAGCCGGCGUCCGCUACGCCAUGCAGAACCCGCUCUCCUAUAUCAACUCCAACAUCGCCGGCUUCGUCAACCUCCUGGAGGUGGCCAAAGCCGCCGAUCCACAGCCGGCGAUCGUGUGGGCUUCGUCGAGCUCGGUGUACGGGCUCAACACAGAGGUGCCGUUCUCCGAGAACCACCGCACGGAUCAGCCGGCCAGCCUCUACGCCGCCACGAAGAAGGCCGGCGAGGAGAUCGCGCACACGUACAACCACAUCUACGGGCUGUCGCUAACCGGGCUGAGAUUCUUCACGGUUUACGGGCCGUGGGGACGGCCCGACAUGGCGUACUUCUUCUUCACCAAGGACAUCCUCCACGGGAAGGGGAUCAACGUGUACGUGACACAGGACGAGAAGGAGGUGGCGCGUGACUUCACGUACAUCGACGACAUCGUGAAGGGCUGCGUCGGCGCGCUCGAAACGGCGGAGAAGAGCACCGGAAAAGGCGGGAAGAAGCGCGCCCCGGCGCAGCUCCGGGUUUACAACUUGGGGAACACCGCCCCCGUCACCGUCGGAAAGUUGGUCGGCAUACUGGAAACCCUGCUCGGCACGAAGGCGAAGAAGCGCGUGGUGAAGAUGCCGAGAAACGGGGACGUGCCGUACACGCACGCUAACGUGAGCCUGGCGUACAAGGACUUCGGGUACAAGCCGACGACGGAUUUAGCGACGGGGUUGAGGAAAUUCGUCAAGUGGUACGUUAGUUAUUACGGGAUCGAGUCGAGGGUAAAAAAGGAAAAUGAACCCAACACAAACGACCAUACAGAUGAUUAAGCAUAAUUGGAGUCCCCACCCUCACAUGGGAAAGAAGGUGACGGUGGGGCAUGUUUUAAUUUAUUAAUUUUCCUUUUUUUUUCUUUUUUUUUUUUUUAAAUAUAUAUUUUCCUUUUUCUUUUUUUCUUUAUAAAUAUUCCGUUGUUGUCUGUAAUUGGACCCAGUUGAUGAUGAUGUUGUAUUAGAAUAGGGGAUAGAUUUCUAUAGUAAAAAGAAUGGGAAGGAAAGACAAGUAUAGUAGAUCUGUGAAUUAUGGCAUUAUUGUAAUAAUAAUUUAUCCUAUUUAAUUAAUUAGGGUAAAUUAAAUAUUUAAAAGAAAAAAAGGUUGAAAUCUGUACAAAAAAAAAUGUUGUUUCAGAUCAACCCUUUGUAUCAUGAAUUACUGUAUACUUUGUUGGGAAAGCAAUGAAUGAUAUUUGAGAUUCUUCUUCCA